GGCAGACUAAGGGUCUUCAUCCAACCCUGAUGUUUCAUCCUUUUCUACCAAUUUUGCCCCCAAUCAAUGUAGGUUGCCCACAAAGAAGUCUCCAAUUGAAUGCAAACAACUGAAUCGUUUCGCAUCCAAGCCUCAAACCGUCAGAGUUACACUUGAAAUUGAUGAAUGGGAGUUCAAAUCGAUUAAUGGUAGUUAGAUUCGAGAAAAGUUGAAGAACCGUCGUUCUAGGGUUCCAACCACUUGAUGGUCUAAAAAACAGACGGACUGUAGAUCGUAUAUGCUUACUGCUAACAAUGAUUCAUUUGCUAUCGACUGAAUAAGGGUUUAAACGGAGAACUCAAGCCUUUGAUCAUGGCGGUUAAUCCUCACUUGGAACUUGCUAAGAUGGAACAGAUAAUCACUGAAUUCUUCGCAAAAAGUUUGCAUAUAAUUCUUGAAUCCUGGUGUCCAUUUGUGUCAUCGCGUAAUUACAACAGUGAGAGGUUGUAUUCGCCUUCAUCAUCUACGUCAUCAUUUUCCAAUAUGAGGCCUAGGGAUAAGUGGUUUAAUCUGGCUCUGCGGGACUGCCCUGCGGCACUUGAAAACAUCGAUUUCUGGCGUCAAAGUAACCUCGAGCCGAUGGUGGUGGAUGUAGUUUUGGUUCAAAGACCGGUUAAUUGGGAUUCUGCAAGAAGUUCACCCAAAGUAGCGCUUGAAAGGAACUUAUCGUCGAAAGAUCGGUUCCCGGUUGUGUGGAGAUCAGAUUCUGACGAGUUCGGGUGUGAUGGAUACAGUGAAAAGAUCAUCGAGAGAUGGAUCGUGCAGUAUGAUAGUAAAAAGGGCGGUAAAGAAACUUCUUCGGGGAACAAACGACCAAACUCAACAAGCUUACACGCGUUAUACAAGAAAUCAAUUUUGCUUCUAAGAUCGUUGUAUGUAACUGUUAGGCUUUUACCUGCUUACAAGAUUUUCCGUGAGAUCAAUUCUUCUAGGCAGAUUCGAUCGUUUAGUUUAAUCCACAGGGUAUCUUCAUCUGUUGAGCCGCUCACUCAUAGAGACGGAGCUGAAAUGCAACCAUUUACGUUCACUCCUGUGGAUACAUCUAACGGUAAACUUUGCGUUUCGCAAUUAUAUCUUCCUUCGAUUUCCAACACCACUUCAGAGUCAUCUACGCCGAUGUCUCCGCAAUUCAUACCGGAUUAUGUCGGUAAUCCAUUGGCAGAUCCGUUAAAAAGAUUACCGUCACUUCCAAUGCCACAAUAUUCUCCAUCGUCUUCACCAUUCGGAAGACGUCAUAGUUGGAGUUACGAUGCAAGUCACGCGUCACCACCAUCAGCAUUGCCAUCUCCGUCACCUACAUUAGUAAUAACACGUUUAAACUCGAACAAAAACACAGCUAUGGAGUAUGUGCUCUUCUUCUAUUUGCCACCAUGAUCGAUUCUUUCAUCUUUGCAUCUCAACGCAGAUGCUCAAACUGGAACUUUUAAAUCAGAUGGACGGUUUUGACCAGACAGUAAAUGUUAAGGUUAUUACGGCAACUAACUGUGCUGAUACUUUGGAUCUGAUUGUUCUCCCUGGUAGGCUUGAUCGCAAGAUUGAGUUUUGUUUGCCUAAUAGGUGACAAAAAAAGACUUGUUUUUGCGGUUAUUUACUUCUCAUAAUCAUAUCUCUAUAUUCUAAAUAGUUUGUUGAAAUAAUAUGCUGUUUACACUUCAUUUUAGUUUGUUGUUUAACCUGUCAAAAUGGGGAUGUCUACCGUUUGGAGGCCAGUUGGGUAAUAUGCAAAAAGCAGGAUUUCUACUCAGGCCAAUUGUCUCCUAACCACGUCUUCAUACGCGGUAUUUAAUAUCAUUUUCAUAUGCUGCCCCUGUUUCCAAGUUAUGAUGAUAUGCUUAUGUCCAAAGGACGCUGGGAUUUUUUAGUCGAUUGGUGGGGCAGGGCAACUGAUUUUUAUUACAAUUGCUUUGCUAUGACAUGGUAACCUGUUAGUAUGCAGUCUUCAACUCCAAUAAGUUUUUACAUAUACAAAUCGCUUUCAGACUUCAAAGACUUUUAACAAAGAAAACACCAGGAGCUGACCGGAAUUUGUUAACAGUUGCAGAGCUACUAGAAGCUAAAAAAAGUCAUGAAACCAAAGCAAAACCGCUACGCCUACUUAGCAAAAGUCAAGGCAAUCCACACAAACCGCAGCGGGUAUUACUUUCUGUGUCCUAAAUGCCCAAAAAAGAUGCUCAAAUAAAACUGUUUUACUUCAGAAUCCAAAAUUUGUAAGGAUAUUAGAAAUUUAGAACUGCUAUCUACUAAAUAGGUUAUUCCUAGAAUUUAUAGCACAUUGCUUUUUUUUUUUUGGUAUACGACUAUUAACUUAUAGCCAUUUUACCUACCUGUAGUUGUAUUUGAAAUCCCCAACUUGUUAGUGGAUAGUAUGAAUUUACAGUACCUAUUUCUAUUUUG